AUGCCUCACAGUAAUGCUUCCAACGGAUUGCCACGUGAGGGCUACUUGAACCUCACACGGCGCAUGGAGAAUGAAGAGGACGACCAGUUUGACGUUGACCUGACCAUCCUUGACUUUCUCGUCUACAAGGCUAUUGGUCUGGUCUUUGAAUGGAGGUCAAGUAGUGAUCCCUAUCACUCUGAUCUGCCAAACGCCCUCGUCAACAUGACGGCUGGUAAAUAUCUGCCUCCCAGUAUCCCAACACUCGCUAAUGUCUUCGAGAUUGGCGGACGUUCCUGGGACACAGGCAUCAAGCACUCACCAGCAUUAUCCCAGCCGUUUGACCAGCAAAAAGACUUUCCCUUGUCAGAUGGCGCUCUAUACGAAAACCGGUCCGAGCUUGCGUCGGCGUUGGGAAUGCCUCUCGACCAACGGCGUUGGGUAACAGACGUGGCAGGCACGCCUUCACUUCACUGCCUCCUUCCCGUCUUCAUCGAGCUCACAGCCGCACGCGUGAAUCUGGACGAUGACUGGGUUCCAUCAUCAGAAUGGUUCGACCUAGCAGGCCAAUUCAUGCUGCAAGCCGUGAUCGGCGAGUAUCUCCGCAACGGUGCAUACGGCGAAGAAACAUUCAACACAAUCUUCGCCUAUGGAUGUCCUGGAGUCGAGCGCUGGGCCGAAGAGCCAGCAGACGUAGCCGCUAUGCGCCGUCUCUUUUGCGAUGAAGGCAACCUCCGCCAAGAAAACCGUGCGUGGACAACCGUCAAGCGCCAGUACAUCAAGGAGCUCUUACCCCAAAGUCGGUCGCAGACGAGUCUACAGGCACUGGAGGCUGCACAAAGGCGGUAUCCAUAUGCUGCUUUUGAAGAGCAACUACUUUCAUUCCUCAAGUACCUCCACGACGGGCUCGUCAAGCCUGACCUCGCACAAGUGGAAGAAGGCCGCAUCAACAUCGACGGCACCGAGCUUUCAGAAGCAGACUCACGGGCCAUGAUCCAACGCAUGGGUCUAUGA